CAAGUUUCUUCUCUGCUCUCUUAUAGUCCUAUUUUUCAUUUGAUAAUGAGAAAAGGCAGAUUAGCAAAGAGCACAAGUACUAAUUCAUCAAGUGAAGAUGCAUUUGAGUUAAGAAAAGGACCAUGGACUAUUGAGGAAGACAAUCUUCUUAUUCAUCAUGUAACUAGCCAUGGCGAAGGUCGUUGGAAUGCCUUAGCCAAAUCUUCUGGAUUGAAGAGAACAGGGAAAAGUUGUAGGUUGAGAUGGUUGAAUUACUUGAAACCUGAUGUUAAACGAGGAAACCUUAGCCCACAAGAACAACUCUUAAUCCUUGAACUCCACUCUAGAUGGGGAAACAGGUGGUCGAAAAUAGCAGAGCAUUUACCUGGAAGAACAGAUAAUGAGAUCAAGAAUUAUUGGAGAACAAGGGUGCAAAAACAAGCACGACAACUUAAGGUUGAUUCUAACAGUACAAAGUUUCUUGAAGCAAUUAGGGGUUUUUGGAUACCUAGGUUGCUUGAGAAAAUGGAGCAAUAUUGUCCCUCUUCAUCAUCCCCUACUUCUUCAUCUUCCACCAUAACCAUUGAAAAGCAGAAUUCUGCUCUUCAUUCUUCCUUAAUCAACGAGCAAGAAUCUUUGCAAUCGCUAAAUCCAAAACCAAAUACAUGCGAGGAAAUUAGUCCAAGAUUUUACUCACCAGAAUCCAAUAGUAUGGCAGAAAAUGCCACUGGCUUUAAUGGUAACUCUGUUUAUAGCAAUUCAACUCAAGAAGAUUGUUAUCAUUUGGAGACUAGCAGCUAUUUUGAGGAGCAACCAUAUUUUUCAGCACUAGAAUCCCAAGAUAUUCUCAUCUGAGAAUAAUGAGAUGACAGAAGCCAAUUGGUUUGCUGAUGAAGUGGCAGGUUCAUUGUGGAACAUUGAUGAGUUCUGGCAAUUCAGAAAAAUAGGAGAUGUAGGCAUCUAGACUUCAACAUUUUCAAAGUCAGAAGUUGUGUCACUAAUAUU